AUGAAUAAUGCGGAAUACCCUGGACAUGAUUCGCAACAAGAUUCAAGUGGUUUGGAGGGAAAAGGCGAUGAACAGCAUUUUCAGUCGCGAAAAGUGCCAUACACGAUGCAUGGCGUGCUGCAUUUUUUGCAACAUGAAUGGAGCCGGUAUGAAAUGGAUCGGGCGCAGUGGGAAAUGGAAAGGGCUGAAUUGCAGGCUCGAAUAAGCUUCUUGCAAGGAGAGCGCAAAGGACAGGAGAAUUUGAAGGCAGAUCUCAUUCGGCGCAUAAAAAUGCUCGAAUACAGCCUCAAGCAAGAACGGUAUUUUUUCACCCCCUUUAUCAGCGAAGGAGAAGUGCAUAUGUAG